GCCUUGUCUGUCACGCGGAAUGUGGCUUCUGUCCCUCACAGCCUUGGGUCAGACAGCCACAGUGCUUGCUCGGAGGGGAGCCAGGAGCAGAAAGCCAGCAUGGGCUCCGGGGCCAGCAUGCUGAGAGCCCUCCUCCUUCUCCUAGCUCCCUGGGAUUCGACCUUGCAGGACGUCCGGGGCCUCUCAGUGCAAGUCGCGUGGCUCAGACCCUGCGUUCCACUUCUCUUGGCCUUUGGGCCCAUUGUCAAGUCUUCAAUGCCUUUGGUUCCUCAUUCAUCAAAGGCAGAUGUUGGAGUGUUAGCAACCGGCAAGUCUGCUGGGGCCGAAAUUGAUAUCAAGUACGCCAUCAUCGGGACGGCUGUGGGCGUUGCCAUAUCGGCUGGCUUCUUGGCCCUGAAGAUCUGCAUGAUCAAGAAGCACUUGUUUGAUAAUGACUCCUCGGACCUGAGAAACUCAAACCUGGGCUUCAACGAUUCGGUCACACUAAAGAAGAGAGUCCCAAGGAAGCACAUGACGCCAGGUUCUCUCACUGUUGGUAAUGCUGUGUCUGAUCACUUGGUUAAGGAAGCGACUGCUAGACCUCUGUGUUAGGGAGACCAAUUUUCCUCUUUAGAUGCACGAGUGAUUGAACUCUAGAUGAGUGGCCUCUUCAGGAGAAGAGGUUGGGAGGUCUGGACAGCUGCCCACAGCAUCGGUCUCAGAGAUGUCUUGAAGUUGAGCUUCCAAAGCUCUUGAAGGAUCUUCAUAUGGAACUCAAUACCCAGGGCAAGUAAUAGAUCUAUAGUGUCUCUGUCUUGAGGGAAAAUAUCGAUUCUCUUCCACAAGAAGCUGACUGCAUAGAGUGAGGCACGAGCACUUUAUCCAGAAGUAAGAAAUAUGGAAGUCAAUAAAUCUAUUCUGCCUAUCCUGGUUCUCCAUGGAGGAGCUGUUCACGCUUCUAUGAUAGCAUUGUGUCCAUAUCAAUGGAACCUACCCAUAGCAAAUGGCUUAUGGAAAUGGGGACCAAAGUCAAGACACAGCCUCCUUAACACCUCCAUCUAUCAACAGGUAUGCAUCAUUUUCUAGAACUGUUGGCCUCAACUUCUCAGUUGCCAUGAGUCCCUCUGCAAAAAUUCAGGGGUGCUGAAACAUGAAGACCAUGGGGCCAUCUCCAGUCUUAUAAAUGAAAGACUGACCUUCUACAGGAAGAAAUGGAGGGCUGGGCUGGAGAGGAAGGUGUCUCAGUGACCGUGGGAUGGCCUGCAGCUCUGCAGCUCUUUGAAUGAUGGAACCAACAAUGAAAAAGCUGAUGGUGUGCCUUAUAGGGAGCUACACAAAUGUAGGGGAUUAUCAUCAUGCUUAUGGCAUUAUCUUGUGGUACAAAUGUGAAUGACUUUUGCAUGGAGGACAUGACUGGCAGAGGCUUAGGAACCCCCCCGUCUUUUUAUUAUUGCCAUGAACCUAAGGUUCUGUGACACAGGCCCCAUUAACAUUUCUCUCCCCCAUAAUAUUAACAUUGCAUUUCUGGGGCUGCACUAUGGAAUACUCUCUGCCUUUCCAAUUCAACAGAAAUCUGAGUGGUUGUGUCGACUGGUUCUCAUUGGAUUGGGUUACUCUCCUUGUGUGUGAUGAAAGAUGAGCAAUAUUUCAAAACAAAGUACUGUGUUGUAAUAAUUUGCCUGGAUUCCCAGGGUGUCUUUUAUCUGACUUGAUAACAACGUAGUUCAUUAGCAGCCUUUGUUAACUGAUAACCUAAAGCGGUAACAUGAUACUCAUAAGCAAUUUUCUGUGUGUAAGAUAGAAUAAACCAUCUUGUAAGGUA